AUGGUAUUCGUAGACGGAGGCAAAGAAGGAGAUGGAGGAGAGGAAAAGGGCGGCGGCCGGCGGAGGCGAGGGAAAGGGCGGCGGCCGGUGGAGGUGAGGAAAGGGGCGACGACCGGCGGAGCCGCGGAGGCGAGGGAAAGGGUGGCAGCGGCCGGCGGAGGCGAGGGAAAGGGCGGCGAUGGCGGCCGGUCCGCCGGUCGUGUUGGGGGAGAAGGAGGAGUUGGGACUUGGGGUGGUCGGUGGUCCUGGUGGAGGGGUUGUGAGUUCGGCGGGUCUCUCUUUUCCGAGCGAGAGCGAGAGCGAGAGAGAGAGAGAGUGAGAGACGAUGAGGAGGGGCCUGAAGAUCCCGUCGCCGGCGGCGGCGGCGGCCUCGCGCUCGUUUUCACCCUCGUCGUCCUCUCCAUUCAGUCCUCUUUCUUCACCCGGAUUCGGAAAUCGGAUCGGGACAGUCUGGAGGUCCACCAGACGCUCUUGGAUUUCCAGUCUCGCCUACAGCAAUGCGUGGCGAGCAGAGGACUUGGUCUUAGGGCAGAAAUCAUCGAUCAUUGCAAACUAGUUCUCAAGUUUCCUGAAGGAACCAACAGUACCUGGUAUAAUGAGCAAUUUAAAAUUUUUGAGCCAUUGGAAUAUAGAUAUGAUGUCUGUGAAGCUAUUUUGUUGUGGGAACAGUACCGCAAUAUGACAACAGUCUUGACAAGGGAAUACUUAGAUGUGCGGCCAGAUGGAUGGUUAGAGUAUGCUGCCAAAAGGAUUGCUCAGUUGGGUGCAGAUAAGUGUUACAAUCGUUCUCUCUGUGAGGAGCAUCUUAAUUUGAUAUUGCCGGCUAAGCCUCCUUUUCACCCGCGCCAGUUCAGGACAUGUGCUGUUGUUGGGAAUUCAGGAGAUCUCUUGAAAACAGAGUUUGGACAAGAGAUAGAUGAGCAUGACGCAGUCUUUCGAGACAAUGAAGCACCUGUUAAUGAGAAAUAUGCUAAACAUGUUGGACUGAAAAGGGACUUUCGUUUGGUUGUCAGAGGUGCUGCUCGCAACAUGGUUGCGAUACUAAAUGGAUCUUCUGAUGAAGUGCUUAUAAUAAAAAGCGUGACCCACAGAGAUUUCAAUGCAAUGAUCAAGGAGCUUCCAAAUCCUGUUUAUCUUUUCCAAGGUAUAGUCCUAAGAAGGGGCGCUAAGGGAACCGGCAUGAAAUCUAUAGAAUUGGCUCUCUCCAUGUGUGACAUUGUUGACAUAUACGGCUUUACAGUUGACCCUGGCUACACGGAGUGGACUCGUUACUUCUCAGCCCCUAGAAAAGGGCAUAAUCCACUGCAGGGACGGGCUUACUAUCAACUUCUGGAGUGUCUUGGGGUGAUCAGGAUUCAUUCUCCAAUGAGAGCGCAGAGGAAGCAAGAUUGGUCGGACGUGCCGAGUAAAGAAGUAAUAGCGGGGGCUCAUGCUGCUGCUUUACGUCUGAAAAAGACGGGAACGGGCCAGCCAGAUGAUCUAGGGCCUUAUACUAACUGUAGGAUAUGGGGUGAAGUCGACCCGGAUAGUGGGCCUGUUUCGGGAUCUCCAGAUAUGGGUGAGAUACGGAGGAACUCGAACUACAAAAAGUGGGAAGUCCUUCCUUUCGAUAGCCUAAGAAGGGAAGCACGAGAACAAUACGCACAAAUGGGCGGCGUCUCUCUAUACAAGAUGGACGGAAACAAGCUGGACGAUCUUGUUUGUGUGAGGCACCUACGAUCUUCGAGUUGAGAAAGCAUUUAUGUGAUGGUUUACUCUGAUAUAAUACCGAGAAGAUUGUGCAGUUGAUCAUCUGAGCACCAAGAAGUUCAGAUUUUGGAUGUAGAGCUGCACAAACAGAGGGGCAGAAAUCCAGAUAGUUCAAGAAACCAAUGAGGAUAUUCCCCGUUUUUUUGGUUUGUCUAAGUUUUUGCGAGCUGCUGGGGCAGAGUUUAUAAUCACCCAAUUUUUCUCAGAUUAGUUGUAAGUUCACACUGAAGAGAAGGUUUCGCCUUAAAAUGUGAUUAAAACCUCGGUUGAUGUGUGGGGUUGAUCCGAUUCAACACUCUUGUUAAGUUUGUAAUGGAUGGUCCACUGUGAUCAAGGAUUCAAGUGCCGUGGCAUAAAAUAUUGAGUUCAGAAAAUUUAAACUUCACUGUACUUGAGUUUUAUUGGUAAAAAAAA